AUGGCGGGCAAUCCCAUACCAAUACCGGUCAAGAAUCUCGAUGAGAUGAUACUAUGUAUCGAAGACUUACGCAUAGCAGCAUCGAAGAAGCUAUCAGACAGUGCUAGAGAUAUCGGCAACAUUAACGAUAAGCUAGACUUCUACAAUUCUGGUUCUACUGAUCAGAUAACAAUCCACGAGAACUCAACAGCCUACGCAAAAUACCGCCUGCGACCACGGGUUCUCGUCGACGUCUCGAAAGUCGACACCUCGACGAAAUGCUUCGGCCAACAAGUGAAGUUCCCACUUGGCGUGUCGCCAGCUGGUCUGCAAGCUAUGGCACACCCAAGUGGCGAACUAGCUACUUCACGUGCCUGUGCGAGGCUCGGCAUCAGCAUGGCAAUCUCCUCAUUCGCAAAUUACUCUGCCAAGGAGAUUCGUGAUGCGGGUAAAGCCAUUGGACCAAUUCGACAUGCAAUGCAAUUGUAUACCAUGAAAGAUCGUGAUCUGGAGCUAAGGAUUAUUCAAAAUGCUGAGGCUGCUGGUUGUUCGGCUAUCUUCCUCACGGCGGACUCACCUGUGCUUGGUAUGCGGUACAAUGAAUGGAGGCACGAUUUCAGAACCCCUGCUGGCUUGGCCUUUCCGAUACUAGAGCGCGACAGCGAGAAGAUCAGGAAGACCAGUCAUGACGAUGGCUUUACCUCGUUCAAUGACGAUGCUCACAACUGGACGAGGGAUAUUCCCUGGCUUCGCAGUGUUAGUCAGAUGGAAAUCUGGAUCAAAGGAGUACUUACUGCGGAAGAUACACUCAAGGCCGUCGAGCUGGGUUGUGAUGGAAUAAUUGUCUCAAACCAUGGCGGGCGUCAGCUAGAUGGCGUUGCAUCAACCAUAGAUGCCCUACCAGAAUGUGUUGAGGCCGCAGCUGGCAGGAUACGAGUUCAUGUAGAUGGCGGUAUCAGGGCCGGGACAGACGUUUUCAAGGCCCUGGCAUUAGGUGCCGAGCACGUUUGGGUUGGUCGUCCGGCCAUUUGGGGUCUUGCGUACGAUGGCCAAAAGGGUGUCGACUUGAUGUUGGAUACGCUUUACAAUGAGUUCAAGAGAUGUAUGCAGCUUACUGGGUGCAAUAGUGUCAAGGACAUCACCAAGGCAUGCCUUGGCGUUGUUCGGCCUGAUGGACCACUUGCCAGGUUAUGA